UGGGGGGUGGGCGACACACACCCUGCUGUGGGGUGACACUAGGAGCUGAGGGUGAUGGAAAUAAUUUGGAGUUGGGUCCGGGCAAGGCAGGUCCGGUGCUGGGAUGGAGGGGCCGGGGUGGAUGCUGGUCGAGGGCAGCGCGAGGACCGGCCACGUGCGGUCGGAUGGGAUCCGAAGGCUGUUUUGGGAGGGCGAAGCUUCCUGGCAGCCUGUGGGGACCCCCCGGCCCCUGGCAAGUGGAGCCGGUGCAGCCUCUUCUCCUCGCUGUGGAUCUUGGCAUGGAAAACCCCAAAUAUUGCUAGGAUCCUGCUGAGCGGCUGGCAGCCACGGCUACGUGAUGCCAGGAGCGCCGGCAGCUUCCUUGCGUGCUGUGGCACGUCACUGGCGUCUGUGGAUCCCCCCCAACCUGUACCUGUGCCCCCCAGCCUGGCGAGGAGGUGCCACCUCCCAGUGUGCCCCCCACGCCCCACCCCACGCCUGCUCGAGGUCUGCGGGGGGCCAGCGCUGUGCACGAAUCAUAUUUUACCAGCACGAUUUCCUCCUUUGGCAUCGGUGACAGGAGCGGGGGCGGAGAUGAGGGGAGCCCGGGGGAGACACAAAUGUGCGACUGCAGCAUCCUCACUCUCACGGCUGCAUCCCUCGCGCCUCCUCAUGGUUGCCUUAGCAACCUCCUAUCGAUGGGGUAUUUAUAGAGGAAGUGAGCGCAUGUUGGGAAGCUGGAGGGGGGGGGACUGGGACCGGGUGGGCGUCUGCUAGGUCAGCCUCCAGCUUCAGGCUUCUGCUGGUUUGUGUGGCUGUGUGGAGGCAGGAGGGAUGCUGCCUGCCUUGGCGUCAGCGCGUGUGGUGGUCCAGCUUUUCCUGCUCGUCAGAGCCGGGGGAGGUGGUUAGGAAUUUGCGUGUGGAAAUAAAAAUAAGUGUCUGGGAUGUCUGCCCUUCUCGCGGGCAUUGCUCGUGCUUGUAGGCUUGUGUAGACCUGGCUUAUUGUUCCACUGGAAUAAACCAUCUCUUAGCUCUGAUGCUGGGUGCAUUGGCACAGAUACUUGGAAAAAAGUUAAAGAUAAAAUGUUCCUGAUGCAUUAAAUAUGUUGCCUGAUGCAUGCUGGGGGUCCUGACAGAUCUGAUCUUGAAUAUCCUUAUUUCUGCAUCUCUCUUCUGUCUUUCGAAGGGGGAGAAUGCCUGUAACAAGCAGCAAUACAGAGGUUUUGUGUGAAAACUGUGGCAAGUUUUCCAUUAUGUGUGGUUUUUUAUCUUGUGGGUUUGGGUCUCUUGGUAAAAACUGAUGACAACAAAAGCAGGUCAGGUUGUCCCUGCUCAGAGCUGAUGCGGCGUGUGGGGCAAUGCAUGGAUCCGGAGGCCUCUCAGCUGCUCUCUCAUCCCCCAGGACAGCUCAGAGAAGCGGGGUUGGGUGUGCAGUUUCUUAGGAAAAGGCCUCGCGGUGCGGGCUGUGGGGUGCGGGAGGUGGCAGACCCCUUCUGUGUAAUUCCAGUGAUCUCUGCUUUCCCUCGCUCCUGCUUAAACUCCGUACUGAGGUUUGCAAUCUGAGUUUCACAAACUAUUGGAAAGAAGCUGCUUUCCACCACUGGAGACAGCUCCAGGUUUUCUUGGCCUCUUGCCGCUUUUGGUGCAGCAACCUCAGAAACCCCGGGAAGCCUGAUGUUGGCAGGGAGAGGUGCUAGAUUUACUGAGAAGGUGGCUGUUAGUGAGGUGUGGUAGUGCCCGCUGUGGUGGUGUUCAUCAGCCCUUCUGUGUGUCUGGAUGCCUGCCUUUUACGUGAAAUGAGAAAUGCGUUUCUAGCAUUUCUGAUCCCGCAAACAGCUCGGUGCUGUUUCUGACCUUGCUCUAGCCGAGCAGAUUCAAGUGCUUUUGGGAUAACUCUAAAUAUCUGAAGAUCAGCACAUGGUUUAGUUCCUGCUAUUUCUAACUGUGUUUGCUCCUUCAUUCGCAAUAAAUAUUGCACUGUAGGAGCUGGUUAGUCCUGUCCUCUCUGUCUCCUGACGGAGCUGUGGCUUUGCCACAGCAAGGUGUCACACAAGGCAGGAAGAGAUGAGUUUGCCCAGGAUAGUCUGAUCAGUGGGGCAUCAAGCACAGGGAGAGGACAAAGUGUGGAAAACAAGUGAAAUUCCUCCUGUGAGCAGAGAGGGAUAUACUCUGUUUCUGCAGGACUUUAUUUCACUCUUGUGGAGUUUUGUUUAGUUUUGCUUUUGAAGCACAAAAGGUGCUCUUCCAGCUGGAGAGCUGGGUGCGCAGGGAGCUCUGUCGCUCUUGCUGCUGCCCCUUAGCUUGGCCCAACAACCUUUAGGAGACACAUAUCCUUUUCUUUCCUGCUGUGUAGGCAGCUUUAUAGUGGUGGAGAAAACAGUGUGGCCCUGUUUAAUGCAGACUGUGGAUAGGAGUUGCAGAAGCGAGAACUGGCAUGGCUGCGAAGUAGAUUUAAAACAAGGUAGGCAGGAGGCCCCCAUAGCUGAGUGAGGCAGCAUGGCAAUGUUCUUGGGGGCCAGGAAUGCCCACUCGGUCCUGAAGCGCUUUCCCCGAGCCAACGGCUUCCUGGAGGAGAUCCGGCAGGGCACCAUCGAGCGGGAGUGCAUUGAGGAGGUCUGCAGCUAUGAGGAGGUCAAGGAGGUGUUUGAGAACAAGGAGAAGACGAUGGAGUUUUGGAAGAGCUACACCAACUCUGUCUACUCUGUCAAGGACCCCGGGCACAGCACGGAGCGCUCAGAUGCUAUGUACGUGGUGGUGCCCCUCUUGGGAGUGGCUCUUCUGAUCGUCAUCGCCCUCUUCAUCAUCUGGAGGUGCCAGCUCCAAAAGGCCACCCGCCACCGCCCUUCCUAUGCCCAGAACCGUUACCUGGCCAGCCGAACGGGACGCAGCCUCCCCAGGGUCAUGGUGUACCGGGAGCGGUCGCAAAGCCAAGGGGAAACCCAGUAUCAGCGAGAAGCAAGCAACCGGGUGGCUGGAGAUGGCAGAGCUGGGGGCACCCCCCAGCAAGAUGGCACCCUCUACCCGCCAGAGCAUUCGGUCUCUGUCCUCUCCAGACUGUCCAGUGCCACCCCUCCACCUUCCUACGAGGAAGUGACGGGCCACCCGGAGAGCAGCAGUGGCGAAGAGACUAGUGUCUCCUACAAUGAUCCGCCACCCAAGUACGAAGAGAUUGUGGCCACUGCCCCUGUUGUGGGCAAAUAGCAGGUCUGCCUCCCUCCUGCCUCCUCACACACUCACGCUCACCCACCCACCCUCCCUUCUCCGUGCCCGGGACCCCCUUCAGGUGCCAGGUGGCACCCCGUCUCACCUGUACAAGCUGGUGCCAUCACACAAUAGCCUUACCCUCCUAACCAAAAAUAGCUGUCCCCAAGUGGGGUGAGGCUGGGCUGCAGGAGUGGCUCUGGAGUCAGCCAGCCGUCUCCUGCCCCUCACUCCCUGCUCACGUAAGUGCUGUAGCAGCCGGAGCAGAGCGGCAGCUUGUUCCUGGCUCAUCACGGGGGUCUCCCCAUGGUGCAUUCAAUUUCCUCACUUCCCCCUCAAACAGACAUAACAUUUCCCAUGUUUAAAACAGCCUUGCUGCCUCCCUGGGGUGCUGCUCAGCCUUACCCCAUGUGCUCACCGGGCCCCGUUUUGCUGCUCAGGGCUCUGAUUAGGAGUUGGGGAUGCAGGAGGGGUGUGUCAAAGUUCUGUCCACCCCCACGGUCGGUGUCCACACUCUAUGUUUGGGGAGAAAGUGCAUCCCUUGUGUGGAUUUGCUGCCAGGUGGGAGUGGGGAGCCCAGUCCAUCCUGCGGUGCCUGUAGCGAUAUUCACUGUCAGGAGAUCAGGGAGGAGCAGUCAAGGAGGUGCUCUCUGAUCUCCUAGAUCCCUUUGGAAAGAGGGAAAGGCUUGUGGUGGUCUUGUAUAUGAGGUAAGUGACUUUGGAAUAGCAGGUCCUUUUCACGAUGCUCUCCACUUUCCCCUUGCAGGGUGCUGGGCAGCUGGAGGUCUGGCUGCAGCUGAGCUGGCUGGUGGGCUCAUCUCUGACCUUGAGCCAAAGGUGAUCCCACGGUUUUAAGCAGUGAGGAUGCUCCUUUUUCCUGGCGCGUGGCCUGUCUGGUGUCUGCCCCACAGGUGGGAUGCUGGCACAGGGAGCCUGCAGAUGGGCCAAACCUCCCCUGUCUCUACCCCAAACCUCUCAGUUCUGCCUGGCUUCUCUCUUUGAGACUCUUUGUCCUCCAGAUCAGAUAAAGGGGAAUGCGAGACCCCACUCUCCUCCAGGCCCCUCUGGUGGGCAGAAUGCUUGGUGGCCAUGGCCGUGAUGUGGAGGGCCUGCUGACAGAGGUGGCCACAGAGGUGAGAGCUGACUGGCCAUGCCACGACCUGGCGAUGCCAGUGGGUCGGUUGUAGGACCGAACCCUGAUGACUGUGGUGCCAGUGCCGGGCAGAGCCAGGUGCUUUGCUGUGGGACCAGAGCGUCCCCUUUUCCUGGGCAGCUGCUUUUGGGGUCCAAGCAGUGGGGCUGUCCUUUCCCAGUCAUGUCUGAUGGGUUAAAAAGAGGGUUGCGCUCACCAACCCCCCAGGAGUAGCCCACAAACUCCCAGCACUGCCGCCUCUCGGUGUUCACCCCAGCACCAGUCUCUCCACCAGCACUGAAAGGCUAUUGUGCAUCCAUCGGCUGCUGCACCCCGCUCCAUCCCAGGGAUGCUCUCACAGCAGGUUCCCUCAGCCCAGAGCUGAGGCUUGCCCAGUGUGGCCGUUCCUGGGGCAGGACACGGGGGGGUUUGCGGCUGCUGGCACCUUGUCUGUCCCCUCCCAGGCCUUAUCAAAUUGGGCUUAUGGGAAGACCUGACAGUGAGCAUCAGGGUCAGAACCUGGAAAAGACUGGAGGGAGAUAGAAGGGUGCUCUGCAUCCUCUGUCUUUGAUGCUCGGUCAAUAUCCCUGCAGUUUGUAUUCUGUAAAACUUGGUAUAUUUCUGUGCAAAAAAAAAAAAAGGUAUUUAUUAAAAAACCCUCACUGUC